GGUUUUUGCGCCGUUCGAUCGCCUUUGGCGGGAGAUGGACGCGGAGGGAACGUCAGAUUCAGAUUGUUUGUACUUGUAGGUUCUUUUUCGAACGCAGCUCAGGAUUCUCUUUAAAACGCGCAAACCUUUUCCGAAAACUUUGCCCUGGAAUCGCACUGUGGCUGAAAUACGGCUCAAUAUGGACGAUUUUUCUGUCUAUGCGCUUCUGGGAGUAAGCGAUCCACCUCGCAGACUCCUAAGUGCCGGUGGGAAGCGGCAGGGCUCAGUUGCAGUAGCGCCGCACAUCCACCAGGUGGUGGUGUUCGCACACGGAGCGUGGAGGAGGCGCCGUGACGUCACCGUGGAGCUGAGUGCGACUGACGGGCAGCCCGUCGCUGUUGGCGCAUUAACCCCUCAUCACAAGUGUCUUUUGUGGGACCGGUGGGAAGGAGAAGUGGGAAAGGAGGGUUCUACGCUAACCGUCACUCUGGAAGGAGACGGUCCGGAUGGGGAGGAUGGCAUGCGCUCAAAAAUAGAAUGUACCCCAACGAACAGCACCGCGGCCCCCCUGGUCAGGGAUCCUCCAAGGAAGAGAAAGAGGGGGCAGGAGGAUGCGCGGGAUGGCCGUGCCGGGGAACGGGAGAACGUGUGUCCCAACGGCUCGGUGUCGGACACUGCCGCCGCCACCCCCCACCGGAAAGUCAGAGGCAAGGCCCGUGGUAGACAGGCGUGCCUCUUCGCUCAGAGUGAGGAGCACACUAGUGCCUCCGCUCCCCAAACCCACAAGGCCAAGGGCAAGCAGUGCAGGGCUCCAGCACAGACGGCCUCACUGGUUAUUCCAUCGGGUCGCUGGGGUCAAACCCUUUGCCCCAUUGACCCUCAGACAGCAAUUCUUAUUGGAGGACAGGGCUCAAGGAUGCAGUUCUGCAGAGAUCCCAUGUGGAAGCUGUGUGCUGAGGACAUGUCUUGGGUGCCGGCAGAGACACUGGCAGGGGGCCCAACUCCCGAAGCCCGAAUCGGCCACACCGCGACCUUUGACCCCGAGUCAAAGCGCAUCUACGUCUUUGGCGGGUCGAAGAACAAGAAAUGGUUCAAUGAUGUCCACAUCCUGGACACGCAGAGCUGGCGCUGGACAAUGGUGGAGGCCCAAGGGAAGGUGCCCCCGCUAGCCUACCACAGCUGCAGCCUGUUCCGGGGGGAGCUGUUCGUGCUGGGGGGCGUGUUCCCACGGCCGCACCCGGAGCCAGACGGCUGCAGCGACGCACUGUACAUCUUCAACCCUGAAAUGGCCAUUUGGUACCAGCCGAUUGUCAACGGGCACCGUCCCGCACCGCGAUCUGGGCAUUCAGCAUGUGUGCUUCAAGGGAAAAUCUUUGUGUUUGGGGGCUGGGACACUCCGGUGUGCUUCAAUGACAUGCACGCGCUCGACCUGGGUCUGAUGGAGUUCUUGGCCGUGAACACCAGUGGACCGUCUCCUUCCCCUCGAAGCUGGCACGGUUGUGCAGUGCUCUCCGAGUCCAAAUUCCUGGUCCACGGCGGCUACAGUGGGAACGCUGCAUUGAACGACACCUUCGUCUUCAACGCAGAGACUAGCUGCUGGUCAGCUGUUGUUAAUACCCAGUUGUCAGCUGCGCCCAGGGCUGGACACUCCAUUAUCACAAUGGCAAAACCAUCGAAACAGGGUUCUGCAGUAGAUGAGGAACAAGAAGGUCCCGAACAAACCUUGCUUGUGUUUGGAGGUGGCGACAAUGAGGGCGGUUUCUUUUCCGAUCUGACAACUGUGGCGAUCGAUGAACUGCUUCAUUGAGCUCCUUAUUUGUUUAUUUAAUGCGUUUUAAUACAAGAUUUUGUUUUAGUUCUUCCCUGCCAUGUUCUCUUGACAGUUAAUUGUAAAUGUAAGAGUUAAAUUUUAGAUGUUGGUGUUUUCUUAAACAUACUUCCGUAAAAUUAUUUAAAGAAAAAUCUUAUUUUUGUAUAAAGGCAUUGAUUGCUUCACAGAAUCAUAGUGUGCUGUCAAUGAAUUAUGUGAACCCAAAAAAGUGGUUUGUUUUUUUUUCCCCCCCUUCCUCCUUCUCUAAAUAUCUUUAAGCAAGAAUGUGCAAAGUCCUUUCUUGCUGCC